CCCCACCCCAUUGUGACGGCAGCGAUCAGCUGACCGGCUGUCAGCAGGGUUCUGUAACCAUGGCUGCAAUGGCAGUUUGGGCCGGCGGAGUUGUGCAGCUCUGGGCCUGGCCUCUGCUCCUCUCCUGGGCCUGCCUCACCGCCGGGCUGCCGCAGCUGGGGGCCGCCGUCUACGUCCUAGAUGAUGAAAGAGGCCUGGGCUCGGAGUUUGACGGCAUCGGCGGGCUGAGCGGCGGCGGGGCAACUUCCCGACUUCUUGUGAACUACCCAGAGCCUUAUCGCAGCCAGAUCUUGGACUACUUAUUCAAGCCAAACUUUGGUGCCUCCUUGCAUAUCUUGAAAGUGGAGAUUGGUGGUGAUGCACAAACAACAGAUGGGACAGAACCUUCACACAUGCGCUAUGAAAAUGAUGAAAAUUAUUUCCGAGGAUAUGAGUGGUGGCUGAUGAAAGAAGCUAAGAAAAGGAAUCCUAAUAUUAAACUAAUAGGGCUACCUUGGGCCUUUCCUGGUUGGAUUGGUUGUGGGGACAACUGGCCUUAUACCUGCCCAGACAAAACAGCCUAUUAUGUUGCUUCGUGGAUUCAUGGUGCAAAAGUCUAUCAUAAUCUCGAUAUUGAUUAUGUUGGGAUUUGGAAUGAGAGAGCUUAUAACAAAAAAUACAUCCAGCUGCUGAGAUACACCAUGGACAAAAUGGGUCUAGAGCAGGUGAAAAUCAUAGCCAGCGAUAAUCUUUGGGAACCAAUAUCUUGGUCUGUGCUUCAGGAUACUGAACUAUAUGAUGUGGUCGACAUUAUAGGAGCCCAUUAUCCUGGAACAUUUUCAAGCCCUAAUGCUAAGAAGACUCGGAAGAAGCUAUGGUCAUCUGAAGACUACAGUACUGUUAACGAUAAUGUUGGAGGAGGCUGCUGGGCUCGUAUACUUAACCAGAAUUACAUCAAUGGCAAUAUUACUUCUACUAUCUCAUGGAACUUGGUGGCAAGUUACUAUAAAGAUCUACCAUUUGGUCAGGAUGGACUGAUGACAGCAGAUGAACCAUGGAGUGGACAUUAUGAAGUUCAGUCACCUAUUUGGAUUACAGCACACACCACACAGUUCACUCAGCCAGGAUGGCAUUAUCUGAAGACUGUUGGUCACUUGCAGAAGGGUGGCAGUUAUGUGGCCCUUACUGAUGGGAAGGGAAACAUCACCAUUGUCAUAGAAACUAUGACCCAUGAUCAUUCAAUAUGUAUCCGGCCACCACUACCACCUUUCGAUGUCUUUCAGCAAAAUGUGACUUUUAAGUUGCAAGGGUCAUUUAAGCGCAUUGAAACUUUGAAAAUAUGGCAUUCAAAAUUUGACUUUGUCAAGAAUUCGUCAAAUUUUUUUACCCAGCUGUCUGAAAUCAAGCUAGUCAAUGGAUCAUUUUCACUGCAAUUAAAGUUGGAUGAAAUAUGCACUAUAACCACCAUCAGUACAGGAAAUCGAGGCAGUUUUCCUAAGCCCCCAGCCUCUAAGUCAUUUCCCAAACAGUAUAAAGAUGAUUUUAAUGUUGCAAUUCCACCAUUCAGUGAAGCACCUAAUUUUGCUGACCAGACUGGAGUGUUUGAAUACUUCGUAAACUACAAAGACCCUGGUGACCAUGUGUUUACCUUGCGCCAGGUCAUAACAGAGCGACCUAUAACUUGGGCAAGUGAUGCUGACCAAACAAUUAGUAUUAUUGGUGACUACAAUUGGAAAGAUCUGAAUAUAAUUUGUGACGUAUUCAUUGAGAAAGCCAACACUGGAGGUGUGUUUAUUGCUGGAAGGGUGAACAAAGGAGGUCAAGAUAUUCGACAUGCUGAAGGCUUAUUCUUCUGGAUCUUUGCAGAUGGGAAAUAUAAAGUUACAAAUGAUCUCCCUGGUAAAAUUGUGUUGGCUUCAGGUCAGUCGGGUACUCGUGCAGGAAAAUGGCAUACUCUCACACUUAGCGUUAAGGACAAUGUAGCAUAUGGACUAUUGAAUGGCUAUCCACUGUGGAAGGGUGUUCAUGUGCUCAAACCACACAAUGGCUGGGCAGCUAUUGGAACACAUACCUUUGAACUGGCUCAGUUUGAUAAUUUUCACGUACAGGCUAGUUAACUACAAAUAAAUUCAUUCCUACAAAUCCUAAGCAUGUGAUAAAUCAGCAAUUUGCUGCAUUUGUAAUUUUGAUGUGUCUUAAAUGAACAACAUUCAAUUAAGUUUCUCUGCUAUUGUACAGUUAAAUAUCCCAGUGGAGGGUAACUUAAUUAAGCUUAACAGAGUGCAUAACUAUUUCUUCUUUUAAAAAUUCUAAAAUGUAAUAUUCUGUUAUCAAUAUUGUAACCAAUACUGAUAACUGUUGCAAAACACAUGCUGCUAUGGCCAGUGGAAUCCAACUUUAAAAAAAACUGCAUUUCAACCAAAUGUUUCUGGUUAGAUAUGUUGUAACCAAUACUGAUAACUUGCAAAACAUAUGCUGCUAUGACCAAUGGAAUCCAACUUUUUAAAAAAAACUGCAUUUCAACCAAAUGUUUCUGGUCAGAUAUGUAAUGCAACUAUCUGAAGUGUCUACUGAGAAUGAAAUUCAGCAAAACAAUGGGGUGGUACUUCUUUGUUACAGGAACUCGGUUCACAAGAUGGAAUUGGUAAUUCCUUUGUUCACAUUAACAACUUAAUGCUUGUCAUUUCUUUUCAAUUCUAUGUUUUAAAUCUGGCCUAUUUCUGGAUUUCCAACUUUGAUUUUCUAAUGCAAACAUAGCAUACUGAUGCUCAACGAUGAAGAUAUAGAUCUUCCAAUCACUUUUUUUUAAACUGGUUUUCCUCCAACCAAUAAAAAUACCUUGAUGUAA